UGCAGUUUCCCGGUGGGUUUGUCUACGUUGUAGCCUCCGCCCGAAAUUCCCACACAUACGGCAGCGGAGAAAGUGGGGAUGGCUGCGUGGUGCUGGGAUUACUGGGUGGCAGAGGCUCUCUUAAAGCUCGAGUCUUUAAAGGUUAUGCGAUCUCUGAGACCCAUCCACCUAAUUCGCCCCGAAUCCAACCAAACGGAAUCAGAUGAGCUAGAGUUUUAUGAUGGAUUGCGGCAAUGGGAUAGAGCCUCCGUGGAAGUUCAAAUUUCAGAAACCACAUUCCAAAAAUGGCUGCAAGACAUUCCCAGUUCCGGGGAUGACACUGUAAUUGGGAACGGUGAGGAUGAUGAUGGAGCAGGGCCAUGUGGCGGAAAGUUCAAGAAGUUAUUAAUUUUCUCUGGGAAUGAUUACCUGGGCUUGAGUUCCCACCCAACUGUUAUCAAGGCCGCUGUAAAGGCAGCUCAGUUGCAUGGGAUGGGACCCAGAGGUUCUGCAUUAAUUUGUGGUUACACAAAUUACCACAGGUUGCUGGAGUCGGCGUUAGCAGACUUAAAGAAGAAAGAGGAUUGCCUUCUUUGUCCCACAGGCUUUGCAGCCAACAUGGCACUUAUCACAGCAGUUGGAAGUGUUGGUUUGCUGUUAGCUGAAGGGGGAAAACCUAAAAGGGAUGAAAGAGUUGCCAUUUUUUCUGAUGCACUCAACCAUGCAUCAAUCAUCGAUGGUAUCCGCCUUGCCGAGAAACAAGGGAGUUUAGUCAACAUUGUCUACCGACACUGUGACAUGGUCCACCUUAAUUCGUUAUUGUCAAGUUGCACGAUGAAGAAGAAAGUUGUUGUUACUGAUAGCUUGUUCAGUAUGGAUGGAGACUUUGCACCAAUAGUUGAGCUUGUGAAGCUACGCAGGAAGCAUGGUUUUUUGUUGGCAAUUGACGAUGCUCAUGCAACAUUGGUUUGUGGCAAAACUGGUGGUGGUGCUGCAGAGAAGUUCAAGUGUGAAAAUGAUGUUGACAUUUGCAUAGGCACUUUAAGUAAGGCUUCUGGUUGCCAUGGUGGAUUUAUAGCCUGCAGCAAGAAAUGGAAGCAACUGAUACAGUCAAGGGGUCGCUCUUUCAUAUUUUCAACUUCUACUCCGGUACCAAUUGCUGCAGCAGCACACGCUGCUGUUAAUGUAGCAAAACAGGAGACAUGGCGUAGAAAGGCCAUUUGGAAUCGGGUGCUAGAAUUCCGUGCCAUGACAAGAAUUCCCAUUACUAGUCCCAUUAUUUCCCUUAUUGUAGGGAGUGAAGUGAAGGCCUUGGAAGCUAGCCGGCAUCUUCUGAAAUCUGGUUUUCAUGUAACCGCUAUAAGGCCCCCAACAGUGCCUUCAAACUCAUGCAGGUUAAGGAUAGCCCUGAGUGCUGUGCACACGCGGGAUGAUUUGAGAAAGCUCGUAACUGCAUUGUCUGAAUGCAUCAAUUUUGAGGAGAUAGGAUUCAACUGUAAAAAUUAUUCAUCCAAACUGUGAUCCUAUUUGUUCCUUUAUAUAAUUGCUUAAGGCAUCUUUUUACUGAUAA